AUGGUAAUGGGCAGACCAAAAACAUCCGUGGGCACCGGUUUUGUUGCGCUGCUCUUGGGCAGAUGCUGCCUUGGCAGCAAACUCGGUCAACUUCCCCACGUCCUUGACGUCGUGAAAGUUCAAGGAGUUACGGCCGAGCUUGAGGGCAUCCGCCUCCGCGGCAUUCUCUUCGCCUUGGGACAGGUGGCAGAGGCGUUGUCCGAACUCUCCGACAUGGAAGGUCCUCAGGAGGUCUCCCCAAGCUGUAUCGCGGCCUUCUGGGAUGGGCCGUUCGCGCUCAGCAGCCAUCGCGUUCACAGCAUGGGAAGUCCAGUCUUCGAUAUCGAGGAGGAGAAGAAGGCGCCAGCUGAUCAGAGUUUGGUCCAGUGCUGGUGGGCGGAAGGCUCUUGUUGGGUGGUUCGCUUGGACUACACUGCAAGGGCCGACAUGGAGCAGGUGGUCACCUGGGCGACUGGCUCUGGGAUCAUGCCGGGCGUGACUGGCUCAGCGACCAUGUUGCUGUCUUUGCCACUUGCUUGUACGCUGCAGGAAGCAGCCCUCUACUUGGCCCCCCAGCUCUUAGACCUCAGGCAAAUGGAUGGCCAGGAGGCCGUGGUCACGCAAGCAUCUCUUCUUGAGAUCAGACCGGGGAGCUUCGAGGUUGCGAGGACACACCGCAACUUGUCAAGGUGGAUCCCUCAUGACUCUGGCAGAGCAUACCCGGAGGAAGCUGUCGACAGCUUCGGUGCCGAGUGCGUGCAGGCGGCCACGAGCAAGACUGCCAGCCUUGCAGGUUUUCGCUUCCACGAGAUCUUCGGCCGCGUGCUUUGCAGCCCUUCAGUCUACUCAAAUCCCGAGGAUUUCACUGGAGCCGCUGCUGGCUUGAAGAUCUAUGUGCAGUCGUUAACGAGCUCCUUGAAUGCAGACCGAUUGGUUGUGGCCAGCCUGGUUCGUGUGGCGCACAACUUUUCCUGCGACCCUGGGUUCUUUCCGUGCAGCAAGACCAGUUGGGAAGGUGAAUGGUCCGCUUGGCGUCAGCAUGCAGGAGAAGUUGCUUUCCUGCAGAAGAUUCUGACCGCCCCGCCAGAAGUCUUGGUGGGCUCCGCUGACGAAGCAGAUCUGAUCGUGGUACCUGGCCUGUUCCAGUUUGCCAGCUCCAAGCACAUGUUCCGACAGUUGCAUCGCAGCUGCCCGCGGGACAUCAUGAAGGAGCUGGAGCACUUGAAGUUCAUGCUUCCGGAGCAGACGCCGCACCUCUUCGUCUUUGCCGACCACAUGAACAACCUGAGGGAGAGUGAUCCUGGCGGGUUCAACUGCUACAUCUCCCGGCAUCCCGACAACAUCUUCAUCUCGCAUGGGUCAGAGUUGUCUGCACCAGGCUACAUCACAAUGCCUCCGGUAGUGACGGAAUCGGAGCUCCACCCCUGGAAUUCCGCUUCCGAGACGCGAGAGACCUUCCUGCUGUAUUCCGAGAAUGUGGAUUGCUGCCAUCCAGUUCGCAAAUACUUGCACGAUGUGCUGGUCAGCGAUUUGGGCAAGGCUCACUGCAACUCCCAGUGCAUUGUCGAGGCCACCCAGAGCGAAACUUCCACAUCCGAGACAGAUGGCAUUGAUCAAACGAGGGCGAUGCGGCAAGCGAUCUUCUGUCCCUUAGGGCCGGGUGAAGUUCCCCAUCGGCACAAGUUCUACAAGGCCAUCCUAGCCGGCUGCAUUCCAGUACUUUUCGACUUCCCAUCGUACUUUCCAGAGCAGAGGAGUUGGUGGAAAGAGUUUGGAUCUCCCUACCAGCUGUCGAUCCCAUUUGUGGAGGUGAUUCCCUAUGAGGAUUUUGUUGUGACAGUCCCUUGCACCGACAACUACACGCAGUCCGCGCUGGACAUGCUUUGGAAGAUGCGCUCCAUGUCGGCCAAGGAGAUUACUCGGCGACAAGACUCUAUGCGGAAAUGGCGUCACAUGUUGGCCUUCCGCUGGGAUGGUGAAGGGCCCGAUGCCUUUACCGCCAUCAUGCAGCAGAUUGGGGUGAUCUGGAAAAGAACCAAACGGAUCUGA